AGGGUUGAAACUAGGGAUCACUAGGGUUUCUCUCACUCUCGCUAUCCAUUCAAAUCUCUUCAGACAUACUCGUUCAAUUUGAACCCUUUCAGUCUCCUUAACAAGUUGAUCGAAGUUCCAAUCGAACUGCAGUGCGUCGGAACAGCACAAAAUCACUCCCAGCAUCGAUUACACAAGAGUUGAACGCUCCAACAUCGGCGGGGGCUUCGAUGGACGGCGGAGCGGCUACAGCGGCAGUGGAGUCCCCGACCAUCCGGGCCAUAAACAAGGGCGUGGUCCACAGAAUCUGCGCGGGACAAGUGAUACUCGACCUCUCGUCGGCCGUCAAGGAGCUGGUCGAGAACAGCUUGGACGCCGGCGCCACCAGCAUCGAGAUCUCCUUGAGAGAAUACGGCGAGGAAUUGUUCCAGGUCAUCGAUAACGGUUGCGGCAUUUCACCCAACAAUUUCAAGGUUCUUGCACUCAAGCAUCACACAUCUAAAUUAGCAGAUUUCCCGGAUCUUCAAUCAUUGGCCACUUUUGGCUUCAGAGGGGAGGCACUGAGUUCCCUUUGUGCUUUAGGGGAUUUGACAGUCGAAACAAGAACGAAAAAUGAAUCGGUUGCCACACACUUGUCUUUUGAUCAUUCGGGUCUCCUAGUAGCUGAAAGUAAAAUAGCACGUCAGAUUGGUACUACUGUCACUGUAAAGAAGUUGUUCUGCAAUUUGCCGGUGCGGAGCAAAGAAUUUCGGCGGAACAUUCGCAAAGAAUAUGGAAAGCUAAUAUCUUUAUUGAAUGCCUAUGCUCUCAUAGCCAAAGGGGUUCGCUUAGUUUGCACCAACACAACUGGGAAAAAUGUUAAGUCUGUGGUACUCAAAACUCAAGGAAGUGGUUCCCUUAAAGAUAACAUUAUAACAGUGUUUGGCUCCAGUACCUUUUCGUGCUUAGAACCAGUAAAUAUAUGUGUAUCAGACAGUUGCAAGGUCGACGGUUAUCUUUCCAGGUCUGGAAAUGGAAGUGGACGCAAUUUGGGAGAUAGGCAGUUCUUUUUUGUAAAUGGUCGACCAGUGGACAUGCCUAAAGUCAGCAAGCUUGUGAAUGAGAUAUAUAAAGGCGCAAACUCCCGGCAAUAUCCAAUCGCAAUCAUGAAUUUCAUAGUUCCAAGUAUGGCAUGCGAUGUCAAUGUAACUCCUGAUAAAAGAAAAGUAUUCUUUUCUGACGAAGUCUCCAUUUUACAUUCCUUAAGGGAAGCUUUAGGGGAGAUUUACUCACCAAGUCAUGUAAGUUAUUCUGUUAAUAAGUUUGAGGAGCCCAGUAAGGAUGAAAAUAGGUCUAACUUAUUUUCCGGUCAUGAGAGAUUGCGAUUGUCCUUGAAGCAGUUGUCUGCCGUUGGCAGUAUUCCCAAGGAGUCACGUGACUGUGGACAAUAUGGAGAUUCUGACAUAGUCCACAAGACUCUGGAAAAGGGCAUUACGGACCCUCCUGGUGCUAUGGGGACCAGCAGUGACGAAACUUCAACAGGAGAAGAAUUCACUGUUCGAGUCCAUGGCACUAAGAAAGCUGAUGGCUUUUUUGGGCGCCAGAAUGAGCAAUAUCUCAAUAGUCCUACAAUUGAUCAGCAGGCUCCACUCCAUUCCGAAGCAAUAGAGAAAGGUACUACUGAAAUGACCGAUUCACCUAGUGACUUGAAUAUUGUUCAGUCACCAAUCACCAGAUUUGUAAUGGUAAAUAAGAGAAAGCAUGAAAGCAUUAGUACAACGUUAUCCGAGGUGCCUCUCCUGAGAAAGCAUGAAAGCAUAAGUACAACGUCAUCCGAGGUGCCUCUCCUGAGAAAGCAUGAAAGCAUUAGUACAACGUUAUCUGAGGUGCCUCUCCUGAGAAAUGCACCUGUAGUCUGUCAAGCAAAGAAUAACUGUUCCACAAGCACAUCGGCUUUGAGAUAUCAGGCAAAUUGUCACAAACUUGAUGAUUCUGCUGAUGUUUGCAAUAAUGUGCAUGAGCUUGAGCCUGAGCCUGAGCCUCAGAUUUCAGGAGGCAACAUAAACAAUGACGAAUUUGUAGAGGCCUUUAGCAAUGAGAAGAAAGAUUUUUCUUUUGAUGAUGUGGUAUUAACUGCUCCAACCAGCGAACAUUUAAAGAAUGUGCCGGAAAAUCUUUCAGAUGCAACUCCUCAAUUACAAUCUUCUGGUUCACCUUCAGAUACUCGAAUGCCUUCUUCGAGUUCAAAAAUAUGUUCUACCUUGCAAUUUAGUUUGAAGGACUUGAGUGCAAGGAGGCAGCAGAGGCUGUCAAGAUUACAGUCCAGCAAUACAAAACGUGGAGGAACAAAGAGUAAAAGGUCCUUCGCUGCUGCAACACUAGAGCUUUCUCAACCGGUAAAUGAGGAAUGGAAAGCCAAGGCUUUAGCUGCAGCUACUAAUGAGCUGGAAAGGCUAUUCAAAAAGGAAGACUUUGGAAGAAUGAAGGUAAUUGGGCAAUUCAAUCUUGGUUUUAUAAUUGGCAAGUUAGAUCAAGACCUGUUUAUUGUGGAUCAGCAUGCUGCAGAUGAGAAGUACAAUUAUGAGCGUCUUUCGCAGUCAACUAACUUUAACCAACAGCCUUUGCUCCGGGCAUUAAGGUUGGACUUAUCUCCCGAGGAAGAAAUAGUUGCUUCUAUGCACAUGGAUACUAUACGGAAGAAUGGAUUUGCUUUGGAAGAGGAUUCUCAUGCUCCACCUGGGCAUCGUUUCAAACUGAAAGCUGUUCCCUUCAGCAAAAACAUUACUUUUGGAGUUGCAGAUGUGAGGGAUCUCAUUUCCAUUCUUGCUGAUAGCCAAGGGGAGUGCUCGAUGAUCAGUAGCUAUAAAAUGGAUACUUCAGACUCAGUUUGCCCACCAAGAGUUCGUGCAGUGCUAGCAUCACGCGCCUGCAGGUCAUCUUUUAAGAUUGGUGAUCCGCUUGGAAGAAAUGAGAUGCAGAAGAUCCUUGAACAUCUGAUGGGUCUCAACUCUCCAUGGAAUUGUCCACAUGGCAGACCAACGAUGCGUCACUUGGUUGACUUAACAACUCUCAGACAGUUCGAUGAGGACAAUGAUGUUAAAGAUUUCUGGACAGCCUGAUCGUACGCAUUCAGUGCCUACCAUCUUUUUAUCUUAAUUUUUGACUCUUUGUAAAUUCAAGGCACUUGCUGCCCGAAGACCUGAUGUAUUCAUUGACUUUGGACUGGAAUGCUGAGCUAUCCAGUGUAAGUAAGAAAUCCUUCUCUCUAAGCUAUCCAGGUAUGAAAUCCUGCUUCCUCAAAA